CCCUACAUCACAUAAUGUCAGCUGGACUUUUCUGUGAUAUUAACACUGGGAUCCUGUAAAACACUAUAUUCUGACCAUAGUCUGACACUCUGCAUAAUGAACAAUUAGCUGGGAAAACAUAGUAUUUGAACCUCCUUUGCAGAGAGGAAAUUCUCACAACUCCAAAGCAAUAGUCAGCCCACAGUCAAUGCCAUCUCAUCACCCAGCCCAAGGCUCGGCCUAAAACCUUCUAGAGGGUCUCACUCUAAAGAUAACCCAAAGGUCUCACAGCUUCCUGGUUGCAAAAACGACAACAGGAGCAGGAAUUGAGACCUAAAGAUCAUUCGGGUAGAAAUGAGGAAGGAAAUGACAUGUUAAAUGAUGAUUUUUCCCUAACUUGCCUUGUUCUUUCUAGAUGUGGCUCAAGAACUUGCAGAGUUAUGGUGGGAUAAUUCGACUGAUCAAAUGCUGAAAGUUUUCCUAUCGACUUCAAGGCUGUUCAAAUCUCUAUGUACUUUGAAGUCUGAGGCACAAGAUAAUUUCCCAGAGAUUCAUGUUUCUAUCGAUGCUAGGCUGGGCUGACACAGAUAACCCCUCAAGAGGCCUUUCCGAACUGCUGUAUAAACUGUCCUAGGUCCAGCAAUAAAGCAACUGUGUCAUUAUAGUUCUCUGCCCUUCAGAAGAUCUGAUCUUCAUACCCUUCUCUUCUUUUUGUCCUCUGAUUUCAUCAAAUUUGUUGCCAUUCUGGGUGUUUAUCCUUCUCUCCCCGACUUUUUCUACUUCAGAUCAAAGAACUUCCCCUUUUUCCCACUUUUGGAUUUGCGCCCUGGAGGACAACGCAAGGUUAACUUCCCUCCCACCUCCUCUUGUAGGCACACAGGGUGCCCCUUAGCCAGCGAAAUCUCCACCCCCGAGAUCCUCUCACAAUUUCAGGCUGGUGAGUUGUAGUAGGAGACAUGGUUUAGUUUGAUGUGGUUAAGUCAGUCAUCAUGGCAUCUUCGUACCCUCAGCCCCAAACCGCUCUCCUACUCAUCACCCUCACUUUCAUUUCUUUGGAUUAUCUUUCAUCGGUUUACCACCAGCCUUCACAGCCUCACCCAAGGCUGAAGCAGGGCUAGCAGGGUGGUGCGUUUCCUUCCCUGGUUGAGCUGGUGACUGCUGUGGGUAAGCAGGUCCAAUGUGAACUCAAUUUUACAUUGAGAAAGAGAAAGCAAGAGUGAGUGGGCUGCUAAGACUGUUGCUUCAUGGUUUCCCCUAAGCCCCAGAAAUAGAAAGGCAGACUUCCGACUGGCAGAGCCCGUAUGCUAACCACCAGACCACACUGCCAGAUAAGAAAAAUGUUCGAUUGUGUCAUACUUCCCUCAUUGGCUCCAGUGUCUGAAAAUGGCCCUGAAUUUCAGAGAGUCUUACCAUGACCCAGGGAUUUAGAGAGGAUCGAAGAGGGAGGACAAAGGAAUCAGGCACCUUCUCUCUCUCUUUUCUGGGGUAAAUUUAUUUUCAACCACAGAAGUAAAGGAAAGAAAAAAUCACAACAGAUGAGUUAUGAGCUAACUUUCUGAUUUGCACGUGUAAGAGAAAGAAUUGAACUGGAUAUCAUUAGACAUUGAGAAAGGGAGUCUGCAAGCUAGCAAUGUAUCUUCGGCCUUUUUGAUUUACACGUGUUUAUUUAUGAGUACCUACUGUGUGCCAGGCAUGAUGCUUGGUGCUGCCAAUUCAAAGAGAAAUAAGACACCUCCUUGCAAAGUGAGAAGGCAGAACUAGAUUCAGAUUCACCUAGAUUUCAACUCUUGUGCUCAGGCCACCACCACCACCACGGAAAUAAUUUUGCUUGACUCUCCCGGCGCAGCCGUGGCAGGCGUGUGUGUUGUCAGACACUGCAGGAAGAGUGAUGGCCUGGGUGUUGACAGGCUCCUAAUUGGAAGGUAGGAGGUGCCACCAGAGAUCAGCUAUAAAAGAUAUCUUUGGACUGGGGUGGGCUGCUAAUGCUUGGAAGAGACUUGUGGGUGAGGCCCGGUGAGCUGUCACCUCGGAAUUGGGCCUUGCCCAGCAGACAGACAUGCAUGCGGGGGAGGUAGCUGACAGACAGGGGCGCAUGGGGAAGCAGCCAUUCCAGAGAACUGCAACAGCAGAUUGCAAACCAGGACUUCAGGACUCAGAGGGGGACAAGGAAAGGAGAGCCUAUAGUGGCCCCAAAGCCCAGGGUCAGAGGCAGGGCCAGGAGAGCAGCUGAUAAGAGCUUUAUGGUAAGGACAAAAGAGAAGAGAGCCGGAGUCUCCUUUUAUUCAGCUCAUAAAGACCCAAAUUCUGUGCACUUAUAACUGUUCAGACCCUGAGGGGUUCAAAAAAAGAACCGUGUUAGGAGAAUUCAAUAUUUAAUUAAGAGAUGAUCAGAUCCGUGCACCGAAAUUAUUGCUGGGUAAGACAAUACUGUGUGUGUUACAUAGCAUUGGAACUUAGGAAAGCUCUUUCCUUGUGUUGUCUAAUUUAAUCCACUCAACAACCCUGCAAAGUGGGUACCAUUGUCCCUGUUUUUUAUGAAUGAGGGGGUGAGGUGCUGAGAAGCUGUGUACGUUAUUUGAGUUUGUCUGGCUAGUCAGUGGCUGAGCCAAGUUCCAAUCCAGGUCAUGUGAGCCUCUGAACUUUCUGAUAAAACCUGCAGACCCCCUUAACUGGGAUAAUAUAGUAAUGCAUUAAGCAAGAAGGAGAAGUAAAUACAGGCUGAUGGUGUAGGGGAGAAAUUCAAAAGGAGAAGGCCUAGGAGGGAGAGGGAGCUAUGUGUGAACAGAACCAAAGACGGCCUCUUGGAAUUGGAAGAUCUCUUGGAAUUCGUCCAAACUGAGGAUCACAAGUCUCCACAUUCUGAGUAGGAGGAUGAGGGUCUGAGUUAGGAUUUGGGUCCUGCAGGGCUUGCUAAGGAAUCCCCUGAUGGCCUAGGAUUCCACACAGAGCACAUCUGGUGUGACAGAGCUCGCUGCAAGGGUGAAGGCUCCACCCUAUCAGAUAGACAACCAGGCCACCAAGAGGCCCAGCCCUCCAAACCCUGGAUCUGCAACAUCCUCAAAGAACAGCAACGGGCCUUGAGCAGAAUUGAGAAGGAAAUACCCCCACCUGCCCUCAGCCGUUAAGUGGGCUUUGCUAUUCACAAGGGCCUGUGGGUGUCCUGGCAGAGAGGGGAGAUGGCACAGGCACCAGGUGCUAGGGUGCCAGGGCCUCCCGAGAAGGAACAGGUGCAAAGCAGGCAAUUAGCCCAGAAGGUAUCCGUGGGGCAGGCAGCCUAGAUCUGAUGGGGGAAGCCACCAGGAUUACAUCAUCUGCUGACCGGCAGGUGCAUCCAAUGGCAAGGCCACCUGAUACACCAGUCCUGUUCAUUUGGAAAAGGGACAACUCCUUCACAUUCACAAGCUGGGCUGCUGUCUAAACCAGAGGGUUCCUCUCAUUUUCUUUCAGUAACAACUGCUCUGAAAAGAAGAUAUUUUUCAACCUGAACUUGCAGUAGCUAGUGGAGAGGCAGGAAAAAGGAAAUGAAACCAGAGACAGAGGGAAGCUGAGCGAAAAUAGACCUUCCCGAGAGAGGAGGAAGCCCGGAGUGAGACGCACGGUCCCCUCCCCGCCCCUAGGCCGCCGCCCCCUCUCUGCCCUCGGCGGCGAGCAGCGCGCCGCGACCCGGGCCGAAGGUGCGAGGGACUCAGGGCGGCCGGGCGGGCGCGCACCAUCCCCGCGGGCGGCGCGGAGCCGGCGACAGCGCGCGAGAGGGACCGGGCGGCGGCGGCGGCGGCGGCGGCGGCGGCGGCGGGACCGGGAUGGAAGGGAGCGCGGUGACUGCCCUUGAGCGCGGAGGGGCGAGCUCGCCGCCGGAGCGCCGGAGCAAGCGGAGGCGCAGGAGCGACGGCGACGGCGGCGGCGGCGGCGCCCGAGCACCCGAGGGGGUCCGAGCCCCGGCAGCCGGCCAGCCCCGCGCCACAAAGGGAGCGCCCCCGCCGCCCGGCACCCCGCCUCCCUCCCCAAUGUCCUCGGCCAUCGAAAGGAAGAGCCUGGACCCUUCAGAGGAACCAGUGGAUGAGGUGCUGCAGAUCCCCCCAUCCCUGCUGACAUGUGGCGGCUGCCAGCAGAACAUCGGGGACCGCUACUUCCUGAAGGCCAUCGACCAGUACUGGCACGAGGACUGCCUGAGCUGCGACCUCUGUGGCUGCCGGCUGGGCGAGGUGGGGCGGCGCCUCUACUACAAACUGGGCCGGAAGCUCUGCCGGAGAGACUAUCUCAGGCUUUUUGGGCAAGACGGUCUCUGCGCAUCCUGUGACAAGCGGAUUCGUGCCUAUGAGAUGACAAUGCGGGUGAAAGACAAAGUGUAUCACCUGGAAUGUUUCAAAUGCGCCGCCUGUCAGAAGCAUUUCUGUGUAGGUGACAGAUACCUCCUCAUCAACUCUGACAUAGUGUGCGAACAGGACAUCUACGAGUGGACUAAGAUCAAUGGGAUGAUAUAGGCCCGAGUCCCUGGGCAUUUUUGGGGAGGUGUUCACUGAAGACGCCGUCUCCAUGGCAUCUUCGUCUUCACUCUUAGGCACUUUGGGGGUUUGAGGGUGGGGUAAGGGAUUUCUUAGGGGAUGGUAGACCUUUAUUGGGUAUCAAGACAUAGCAUCCAAGUGGCAUAAUUCAGGGGCUAACACUUCAAGGUGACAGAAGGACCAGCCCUUGAGGGAGAACUUAGGGCCACAGCCCAUCCAUAGUAACUGACAUGAUUAGCAGAAGAAAGGAACAUUUAGGGGCAAGCGGGCGCUGUGCUAUCAUGAUGGAAUUUCAUAUCUACAGAUAGAGAGUUGUUGUGUACAGACUUGUUGUGACUUUGACGCUUGCAAACUAGAGACGUGCAAUUGAUUUCUUCCUGGCUUUUUAACUCCCCUGUUUCAAUCACUGUCCUCCACACAAGGGAAGGACAGAAAGGAGAGGGGCCAUUCUUUUUUUCUUGGCCCCCUUCCCAAGGCCUUAAGCUUUGGACCCAAGGAAAACUGCAUGGAGACACAUUUCGGUUGAGAAUGGAAACCACAAGUUUUAACCAAACAAUUAUUUAAAGCAAUGCUGAUGAAUCACUGUUUUUAGACACCUUCAUUUUGAGGUGAGGAGUUCCACAGAUUGUUUCUAUACAAAUAUAAAUCUUAAAAAGUUGUUCAACUAUUUUAUUAUCCUAGAUUAUAUCAAAGUAUUUGUCGUGUGUAGAAAAAAAAACAGCUCUGCAGGCUUAAUAAAAAUGACAGACUGAAA